AUGUCAGAACCAGAUUGUUCUUCUUUUGGUGGCGAUGGCGGCAAUAACAGGUUGGCCACGGGAGGUAGCACAGAUGGCAAAGCCGAUGGCGGAGCCGAUGACGGCCCAUCAGGACUGCUAGUUUCUUCUUCUGGUGGCGAUGGCGGCGAUACCAGGUUGAUCGCGGGAGGUAGCAACGAUGGCGAAGCCGAUGGCGGCAUGUCCGAACCAGAUUGUUCUUCUUUUGGUGGCGAUGGCGGCAAUAACACGUUGGCCACGGGAGGUAGCACAGAUGGCAAAGCCGAUGGCGGAGCCGAUGACGGCCCAUCAGGACUGCUAGUUUCUUCUUCUGGUGGCGAUGGCGGCGAUACCAGGUUGAUCGCGGGAGGUAGCAACGAUGGCGAAGCCGAUGGCGGCAUGUCCGAACCAGAUUGUUCUUCUUUUGGUGGCGAUGGCGGCAAUAACAGGUUGGCCACGGGAGGUAGCACAGAUGGCAAAGCCGAUGGCGGCAUGUCCGAACCAGAUUGUUCUUCUUUUGGUGGCGAUGGCGGCAAUAACAGGUUGGCCACGGGAGGUAGCACAGAUGGCAAAGCCGAUGGCGGAGCCGAUGGCCGAACAUCAGACUUAGUUCUUCUUUUGGUGGCGAUGGCGGCGAUACCAGGUUGA